AUGGCACAAGACGGCAAGUCCACGCAAGUGCUUCAAAUCACUCCACCACUUGAGCUUCAAUUUCAAGGUCCUUUUACGGAUGUCUCCACGGCUCCAUUAAAACUUGCCAAUCCAACGGAUCGCUCUGUCUGCUUCAAGGUAAAAACGACUGCACCAAAACAAUAUUGUGUUCGACCUAAUUCGGGUAUCAUUCCUCCAGGGAAAUCAGCGGAAGUUUCCGUUAUGCUUCAGCCAUCCGGCAAUGAGAACAACGUCGAAGCUUCUCGGCACAAGUUCAUGGUUCAGACCUGCUUUGCACCGCACGACGAUGUCGACUUGGAGGGUCUUUGGAAGACUAUCAAUCCAAACGAAUUGAUGUACUCUAAGUUGCGUGUUGCUUUCGUUCAACGUCAAGCUGAACUGGGAUCUGCUAGUCAGGCUGAAGAAACACCAGCAACCGUUAAAUACCCAGCAGUACCGACACAGGCUCGCACUUCAUUAACUGGCGCAUCAAGCUUUGGAUUGUCUUCAGUCAGCCGUGGCAGUGAGGAUGAUCGUCUUCGUGCAGAGCAGCAAGCACGUCAGAAAGCAGAGGCCGAAGUAGCGGCCGUGAGACGUGAUUUGGAUAACGUGAUGCAGAAAUACACGAAACUGCAAAGUGAACGAAGUGACCAAAUGUCACUUAAUGGCGGUUAUGGCGGCGUUCCAAUGCUUCAGGUCAUUCUACUGGCUGUGGCCGGGCUUCUCAUUGGACUCAUCUUCGGAAAGCUGAUC